ACAUUUUUUAAAAGAACAACAACAAAAAAGAAACAAAUUAAAACUUAAUUAAAAUGAAGUCGGAAAAACUCAAGAGAAACUUUUGGAUAUCGGCUGAAAUCGAGUGUAUGCUCGACUUGAUAAAGGAAGUUAACAACUGUCAAGGAGCCUUGUCCACGAGCACCACCCAAUACACAUUCAUCCAAAUCGCCAACCAGAUGAAAAAGCGAGGUUUUCCAAAUAAGUCUCCCACUCAAAUCCGGAGAAAAUGGUUUCAAAUGAAGAGUGCUUAUCUGUGUUACAAGAAGGGCAACGUUGAUCGACUUUUUCUGAUUCCCGAGAAAUUCCGUAAUGUCAUCGCCCAGUUUGUAGAAAGCGGUGAAAAAAUUGGUCGUUCGAACCUAUCCACAAUCUCGACGGGAACGGCUCCAAUAAUGCAACAAAGCCAGGAAGUACUUCCAGAGGAAGACACUUCCGUCAUGGAUAAAUUCAUGAAUCAAAUCCGUAAGAACAAUAAAAUGAUAAAUAACGAGUAUAUAAAGCUGGAGGAAUCGCUACAACAAUUUGAGCAGAAAUGUCAAUUUAUUCGAGACAGGAAUAUGAUAAAGCUUAUCGAUGGUUAUUAGCUAACUAUGUUUUAAAUUCUGUACAAACUAGAAUAAUUAUCUUAAG